AUGUCUGAAUAUAGACCCAUCGUCACGGUUCAGCCGCCCUGGAAGAAAUCCUUCUAUUUUAGACCAGGUUAUUUGUUGCCAAGUGUCGCUAACAAGAAAACAAUUAUAGAAAAUGAUGUCAGAAAUCUGACUAUAAGAAGAGACGACAUAUUUAUUCAUGGUUAUGUUAAAUCCGGGACUCAUUGGACCACAUCUAUAGUUGAAGAAAUUGUUAAUAUUGACAAUCCGGAAGACGUGGUAAGACAUUCCCAGACUCUGGAAAUGGGUCCACUUGAUCAUCCUGAUCUCUUUGAAAUCGGUCUCACUAAAGACAUGGUCCCGGUGUCUGGUGCUAGUGUUGUGGAAAAACGACCACUGACAAGGCCACGUAUAAUGAAAACGCAUCUAAUGCCAGAAUUUAUGCCAAAUACGUAUUUUGAGAAGAAAUCGAAGACAAUUAUAGUCACCAGAAAUCCAAAGGAUGUAGCCGUGUCCUUAUGUAAUUAUCAUCAUAUUACAAAAGUGUUGGAACCAAUUGAAUGGGACAAUUUUAUCAGAGAAUAUGGCAACGAGAACACCGAAUAUGGUUCAUACUUUCAAUAUACAAUUGAUUGGGCUAAAUAUAAAGAGGAACCAUGGACCAUGUUUAUUAGAUAUGAAGAUAUCAAACAG